CAUUUAUAAAGCAUUAGUCGUCCUUAGUCUGUAGCUGUGGCUCAGGAGGUAGAGUAACUCAUCUACUUAAAAAAGCGUGCUCGUAAGAAUGGGUGAAUGAGUCAAGUUUUAUAAAGCGCUUUGAGUGCUCAGGUAGAAUAGAAGAGCACUACAUAAGAACCAGUUCAAUCCCCAGAUAUAAAUAUUUAUUCUCCAUUCACAGUCACAUGUAUAACAUCUUCAUGGUAUCAUUUAAAAAGUUUAAGAAAGUGAUUAACAAAGUAUUUAAAUGCGCGCACACACACACACACGCACGCACGCACACACACACACACACACACACACACACACACACACACACACACACAGAUAAUUAAAAUGAGUGAUGCAAACAUAGUCCACUUGAGGUUUGCAGAAUACUAAAACAUUGGUAGGAUGAGAGUCUAAGUCUGUAAGAGGAGUUUAAGAGAGAAUGAGCAGUUGGGUAACUGGGUAAUAUAACGUUUAAGGUUUGUCAUUUAAAAUAAAAUAUGAAUAAGGUCAUGAUAAAACAUUAGUGAGGAUUACUGGGAUGUUUGAAAGUUCUUUAGUUCAUUCCUGAGGUUCAGUGUUGCUCUGGUUUGUGUUAGUGAGCUUUUAGUGAGAUGAGUCAGCAUCCAGUCAGGUUCAAUUCCAGAGUGCUCCUGAAUUAGAAAGAACGGUGUCUGGUGAACACGGCUGAAAUAAAAGAAGUAUUGGAUGGUCUCCUCCUCCUCAUUCAGUCAAAUUCAAUAAAAACUCAGAAUGGCACAUCAUACAUCAAUUGAUGCAUCAAUUGAUGUAUAAUCUUGAAUGCAUAUGUGCAGUAGACAUAAUCAGGUGACCUCAAUAAGUCACAUGGUGAGCUAUGGAGAUGACAUCAAAAGUUCACAUGAUGACCUAUCGAGGUCACCUCACCCAAUAACCUCUGCUGAUAAUGACCCAUGCCUUUUUUCACACCUUGCUCCAUGAUGAGACAUCACAUGUAUAUCUGUAUUGAUACAGACUAAGGAGGAAUAAUGCUUUAUAAAUGAAUUAAGCACUUACUAAUACUUUACUAAUGCCCAAUAGCGUGUCAUUAUUAUUAAGUGUUACCACUGAUUUUAAAUGAUUUGUCAUUGUGACUAAGCUGUCCAGUUAGAACGAAGAAUGGCAAUCACCUCUAAACAGGCUAACCUUUGAUCUCCAUAAAGGUUAUGCAAGGCAGAGUAAAAUGCUGCUUCACUCACUGUCAGUGUUGACUAGCGGCAGUGUGUCUCCCUUGUUCUCCACACAGAGAACAAAAUGAAGAAAAAAUAUUCUCUGGAGGAGAAUGGCACUCGAAGACUCUCCUUUGCAGACGAUGGUGUCCAGUGGCGAACUGGAUCUGAGAUCAUCAAUCCAGAUGAUCCUUGUGUGCACAGCUGUGAAAGGGAUCACCCUUCCUCAUUUAGAAAAUAUCAGCAGAGCUUGCAGAUGCUCAAGCCCUUGCGUUUUUCCUCACCACAGCCCCACCCUGUGGACAAUGCAGGUUUCCUGUCCUUCAUGACUUUUGCCUGGAUGACCCCCUUGAUGUGGUCCAUUUUUAGGAAUAAGCUGGACAUCUCCGAGCUAAAGUUGUCUCCUUUUGAUAUUGCUGACACCAGUGCACAAAGGUUUCAGAGACUCUGGGAUGAAGAAGUGGCAAAGAGGGGUCUGGAAAAAGCCUCACUGGUUCGUGUGGCCUUUCACUUUCAACGAACCAGGCUGAUUGUUUCUGUCAUUAUUGGUAUUCUUGCCAUGGUUUCAGCAUUUUUGGGCCCGGCUGUACUGAUCAGCAUGAUCUUAAAUUAUAUUGAAAACCCAGAGGAGUCCGUGUCCAACACAGUGUCCUAUGGUGUUGGUUUGUCCAUUGGUCUGUUCACCACAGAAUGUUGCAAAGCUCUCCUAAUAUCCUUGCUGUGGUCAAUAAACCUGCGCACAGCAGUGAGACUGAAAGGGGCUUUCUCUACAGUGGCUUUUCAGAAAAUCAUAUCGCUGCGGGUAUACAGCGGUGUUUCAAUGGGAGAGAUGAUUAACAUUUUGACCAGUGAUGGCCAGAGAAUGUUCGAGGCUGUAGUGUUUGGGAGCUUUGUGCUGUCUAGCACAGUGCUCUAUGUUUUGUGUAUUGUCUACAUAUGCUACAUCCUGGGCUACACCGCACUGACUGGAAUCUUCACAUACCUGAUUUUUGUCCCUGUACAGAUUUUCUUGGCCAAGCUCAUAAAUAAAUUCAGAUGGAAGUCCUUAUUGAUAACUGACAGCAGAGUUCGCACGAUGAAUGAGAUUCUCAACAGUAUAAAGCUAAUCAAGAUGUACGCGUGGGAAGAUUCUUUUGAGAAGACGAUUACAGGCUUAAGGAAAAAUGAAAAGAAACAACUACAGAAGGUCAGUUAUGUCCAGACUAUUAAUAUAAGCAUCGCCAACAUCCUACCCUCCAUUGCCACUAUCCUCACCUUUCUGGUUCACACUUUGUUGGGGUUACCUCUCAGCACUUCUGAUGCUUUUACCACAAUUGGCAUCUUCAACUGCAUGAGGUUCUCCCUCCUUGUCCUGCCCCCGUCUGUGAAGGCCACAGCUGAGGCUGUUGUAGCACUAAAACGAUUAAGGAAAAUUUUGCUGAUCCAGAAUCCUGAGCCCUACCUGAUGAAAAAGGUAGAUAAUGACUCGGCUAUAGUGAUGAAAAAUGCUACAUUUUCCUGGACCAGACCUGAAAGCCAGUCUUCCCCCCCACCCAGCACAGCCAGCGGAGUGUCAGAACACAAGACAGCUGAGACUGAAUCCUCAUCAGCAUUGAAAAACAUCUCCUUCACACUGCCUAAGGGCAACCUGCUCGGUGUCUGUGGGAAUGUGGGAAGUGGAAAGACAUCACUGAUUUCCAGCAUUUUGGAACAGAUGCACCUUCUUCGGGGCUCCAUCACAGCCGAUGGGACAUUUGCUUACGUCUCCCAGCAGGCCUGGAUUUUCCACGGAACUGUUCAAGAAAAUAUCCUCAUGGGGGAACCUUUUGACCAAACCAAAUAUGACAGGGUUGUGGAUGUCUGUAGCCUCAGAGCUGACCUGAAGAUUCUGCCAUUCGGUGACCAAACUGAGAUUGGGGAGCGGGGGCUUAAUCUGUCAGGGGGACAGAAGCAGAGGAUCAGCCUGGCCAGAGCAGUCUACUCCAACAAGGACAUCUUCCUCCUUGACGAUCCUCUAUCUGCUGUUGACGCUCAUGUGGGGAAACAUAUUUUUGAAGAAUGCAUAAAGAAGGAACUCCAAGGAAAAUCUGUCAUACUGGUUACACACCAGCUCCAGUAUUUGGAGUUCUGUGAUGACAUCCUGGUUCUGGAUGACGGGGAGAUCAGGGAGGCCGGAAACCACCAAACCUUGAUGAACGCCAGCGGACGCUAUGCUCAGCUCAUCACCAAUUACCAGAUGGAACAGUCCAAAACUCAGAAUGAGGAGGGAGGGGAAGAGGAGGAUUUAUCAUCCCAAGAUACCCCUGAGUUGAAAGAGGUUGAGCUCAGAUAUCGUGCAGACAGUGGGAUGGCAAACCCUGCAUUUGACAUGUCAGAUGAAAAGGAUCAUGAAACAACAGCUGAGCAAAAGCCUCCUGUCAAGUCUGAUGACCAGCUGGUCCAUCAAGAGUCCUCCACAGAGGGUGCUGUCUCCUUAAGAACCUACCACCGGUACUGUCAAGCAGCUGGAGGCUACAUUCUCGUCUUUCUCACUGUCCUGAACAUUGUCCUGAUGAUUGGAUCCACAGCCUUCAGCAACUGGUGGCUCAGCUUCUGGCUUGGAAAGGGUAAUGGGUCAUCGACUAACCCAGGUUCAGAUCCAGGUGACAUCUCAAAAAAUCCAGACCUGCACUAUUACCAAACGAUUUAUGGUGUGAUGAUGCUCAUCAUGGUGGUACUUGCCCUCAUCAAAUGCUUCUUUUAUACUUACGUCACCUUGAGGGCCUCCUGCAAACUCCACAACACAAUGUUCAAGAAGAUUUUUGGCAGUCCAAUGAGUUUCUUCGACACAACUCCAACAGGCCGAAUUCUAAACCGUUUCUCUAAAGAUCAAGAGGAGGUGGACACUAUGCUUCCUCUUGUCAUGGAUUCUUUCCUGCAGUAUUGUCUUCUCGUCACAUUCACAAUUAUCAUCAUCACAUCCGUUUUUCCAUACAUGCUUGUGGCUGUAGUCAUCAUGGGAGCUUUGUUUACCCUCAUUCUGUUCCUAUUCCAAAGGGGUAUUCGUCUUAUGAAGAAGAUGGAAAAUAUCAGCCGUUCUCCCUGUAUCUCACUAACGACUUCUACACUGCAGGGCCUCAGCACCAUCCAUGCUUACAACACAAGAAACAGUCACAUAGAAAUGUUCAAGUCCCUGAAUGACAUCAACUCCAAUCACUUUUUAUUGUUUCAUUCUGGCACCCGGUGGCUUUCUUUCUGGCUGGACUUCAUGGCUGCUAUUAUGACCUUGUUGGUGUCUCUGUUUGUAGUGCUUAGCAGUAAUGACUUUAUCGCUCCAUCCUUGAAAGGCCUGGCCAUAACCUAUACCAUACAGUUGACAGGCAUGCUUCAAUAUGUAGUAAGACUGUCAACGGAAGUGGAAGCAAGGUUCAACUCAGUGGAGCGACUGCAGGAAUACAUCAUGGAUUGUAAAUCUGAGGCCCCCAGGCAUGUUAAAGAGGCUCAGAUCCCACAGGACUGGCCUAGCAAUGGGGGCGUCUCCUUCAAAGACUAUAAGAUGAGGUACAGAGAGAAUACACCAAUCGUCCUAAACGGCCUUGAUUUCCACAUUCAACCUGGAGAGAAGCUGGGGAUCGUGGGAAGGACUGGCUCUGGGAAAUCCUCUUUAGGAGUAGCUCUAUUCAGACUAGUAGAGCCUGCAGCAGGAACCAUAAAGAUAGACGGAGUUGAUAUUAUGUCCAUUGGCCUGCAGGAUUUGCGCAGCAAGUUGUCCAUCAUCCCUCAGGACCCUGUGCUGUUCAUCGGUACAGUAAGGUACAACCUAGACCCGUUUAAUAACUACACUGAUGAGGAGAUUUGGGCAGCACUGGAGAAGACCUAUAUAAAGGACUCAAUCUCCAAGCUGGAAGAAAGGCUACAGGCACCAGUGUUGGAAAAUGGAGAGAACUUCUCUGUUGGUGAGAGACAACUGAUGUGUAUGGCUAGGGCUCUACUCCGUAACUCCAAGAUUAUUCUUUUAGACGAAGCCACAGCAUCCAUCGAUUCAGAAACAGAUGCUCUCAUUCAAAACACCAUCAAAGAGGCCUUUAAAGACUGCACCAUGCUCACCAUAGCGCAUCGCAUCAACACUGUUAUGCAUGCAGAUCGUAUUCUGGUCAUGGACAAUGGACAGGUGGCAGAAUUAGACCAUCCAGAUGUGCUGAAGCAACGGCCAGACUCUCUGUUCUCAUCACUCCUGACAGCUGCUAAUACAGUAAACUCCUGAACAGAAGGACAACCAAAAAACUGCUGCAUAGUAGUCACUGGGCAUGUUCAUAACAGUUAUCCAUAUACACAGCCAUAUCGAAGUCUGUACUGUGAUACUACACUCUUUUCUGGUGUGCUUGUAUGAGAUGUAACUGAGCAGCAGAGAUGGAAACUGAUAACAGUGCAGGAAAGACAACAUAACUAUUUACAAAGUUCAAAAACUAUGCAUUUAUCUCUCCUGUCUGCUGAUACAAAACAAUGAGCACUGUACUUUACUGGGUUUCUCUUCAUAUUUCGAAUGAGAUGACUUCUUAUGCACGUUAUAGUUUAAUUAUGUUAUGUAUUUGCCAAGUCUUUCUUUGCUGCUAUUAAAUGUAAUUUAAAUCCUGUUUUUUUGUGUGACAUUUAAAAAAAAAAAAAAACCAUGGUAAAUUUCAUAGUGUAGGUAUAUACAGAUGACCCUGAUAAGAUCUGUGCUAAUAAAUUACUUAAAUUUG